AUGGAAUCUUUGGGAACAGCCAUUCGUUUCGUCACGGUGAACUGCCGAACACUGUCGAGUAAGGUCCAACAAACCGUCUAUCUAGGCCUCUACGAUAGCUAUGUGUGCUGUCUGCGGCGCAGCAGAAAAUACGCAUCAGAGAUCGGCUCGUCAUCACUAUCGGAGACAACACUAUCUGCUGCGGUGGAGGAAUUUGGCGCAACAUCGUCUAGAUGCGCCUUUGUACGACAGCUUGAUCGCACAGGACGUGAACUCUGGAUCCUAAGUGGCAAUGCACCUAGGCAAACUGCUGAGGAUAAUAAUGAGGGUGCCAUCUGUGUUGAAAUCAACGCGCUGAUGUCUAAAAUCCACAGCGAGCAGGUGGUCAUUGUCGGAAUCGACGCAAAUGCGAAGAUGGGACUUGAACGACAGUCAAAUGUGCUGGGAAAAUGCGGAGCACAGAUGAGAUAA